AUGAAGGAAUUUGCUACAACUCGCGAAAGGGAGGCCAUUCUGAAGGAAGAGAGGAUCAAAAUUGAAAAGGAUAAGGAACAGAGGAAACGGGAGGAACUUGACAUUCAUAAGAUGAGAACCAUGUUUGAUAUGCUGCAAACUCUGAAGAAUUCGCCUACGCCACUCACUCCUGAAGAAGAGUCGUACAAGAUUUUUUUACUGGCCGCGAUAAGAAUGUUAGCCUACGGCAUGGCUGCAGACGCCGUUGAUGAAUACGUUCGAAUCAGUCAGUCAACCGCUCGAGUUGCCCUACAACGCAUGAUAGGCAGCAUUGAUUGCAUGCAUUGGGAAUGGAAGAACUGUCCAACGGCUUGGAAAGCGCAGUACGCCGUGUUCGAUGAGGUUCUGCAUGGUCGAGCUCCUCCGGUUAAUUUUACAGUUAACGGCCAUGAAUACAACAUGGCUUAUUACUUAGCCGACGACAUUUAUCCGAAGUGGGCAACUUUUGUUCAGGGUAUCACAUUCCCUCAACUGGCCAAAGAUAAAAUGUUCGCUGACCACCAGGCUGCUGCUCGAAAGGACGUUGAAAGAGCUUUCGGUGUUUUGCAAGCUCGAUUUGCAAUAAUACGAAAACCGUCACUGGCGUACGAUGAGGACAUACUGCGGGACAUAAUGAAAGCAUGUAUCAUUAUGCACAACAUGAUUGUUGAAGAUGAGCGCCACAACUACACUCGAGCCGAAAUUCUAAGAGUCUUCUACGAAGAAGAUGAACAAGAAUUAACACCAGCAUCAACGUCUACAACGCCACCGUUUGAAUUCAAUGUAGGCCGACCUACCGACUUUGACUUUAACGCAUUUCUACAGCAAAAAGCUUCCCUCCGUGAUAGAGAAAUUCAUCUAUCUCUGAAACGUGAUUUAGUCGAACAUAUAUGGUUACAAUACAGGCCACGUAAUUAG